AUGUCACGCGGGGUACCAAUCCAUUUCGUUGGGAAGAUGGCAAGGAUGAAAGAAGAAUAUCGAGAGAGAGAUAGGAAAAAGAGUAGAGAAGCGAGAGCGGACUAUAGCUUGAAUUGGCUCGUGCACACACACAUGAAACUUAAGACGGGGAGGGCUCUUCCAGCUAGAAGAAAGCAACCAACAAAGCCAGACAGCAAGAAAGAGAGUGGGGCAGUCUCAUCCCAUGAAAG